CUGGAAAACCUGGAAGACACAGCCAGAAGAGCGACGAAGGGAAGAGCGCCAUGAAGCGAUCCGUUGUGCUGCUGGUGCUGAGCCUGGCGAUGAGCUGGGCUGAACGGCAGGUUGCGACCAUCUACGAUCUGGUCAACCUGAGUGAAAAUGGAACUUGGAAUGAACGGGUCUCGUAUUGCCCGGACUUUCGGGAUUGCGACCCCCUCAUCGGAGACGACAUGAUCUCCAGCGCUUGCGUUCAAGGCGUCGACUAUUACUACAACCACGAGAACAAUGGAACAGUGGAAUGGGGAUUUGGUGAUGGCGAAUGCUGGAACCUCCAGUACGUCAACGACCAAGUCUCAUCCCUCAGGUAUGUGGGGGACGCGAUUAACUGGAAGGAGAACACGAUGAAUCUGUAUCAAUUCGAUUAUUUCUCCGGCUUGGAAUACUUUGCAUUCGGAGAGACACCCGAAUUGCCAGGGUAUAUGACAAGCGUGGAUUCCCUCAUCAUCACGGGUGAUAUCAUCUGGUCCGUCUUCUCGGGUGAAAACUUCACCGGUGAGCUAACCUGCUUCGCGAUCCACGAAGGAUACUACGUGGGCUUCGCCGCGGACCUCUCGCUUUUCGGGAUCCAAACGAUCAAGUCCUUCCGGCCGGGCUGCGUCGGAGCGAGGACGAUCCUUCUCGACUAGGAGCGCCACGGCGUGGGAGUCAAUGCCAGGAAUUGAUUGUUUCGACUUUCGCUCAUCGGGAAUGGAAAUAAAGGAGAUUGAUACGUC